AUGAACGGAAAUGGAACUUUCGUUUCUGGAUCAUAUAUAUCCAAAAGAGAGCAAAAGGAAAAUAAUAAAAAUAAUGUCAAAUCAAAAUGGAGAAAAUUGGACGAUGUCAAAAUUCCCCCUUUCCUUCAACCACGAACACCCGAACAUCAAAUAUUUUCUCCAAAUGCUAUCGACAAUCCUGGAGAAAAUAUUUCUGAACUAUUUACCUCAUAUCGUUCUAAAGUAUUACCAAUUGCACAAGGGGUAGGUUUGUCGAUUGCGACGGACUAUCGUGAAGUAUUGAGCUUGUCUCAUAUUUUAUUAUUACAAGCUGGCGAUUUCUCGGACCUGCAGAUCCAAGAAUUUUCUGAAAACACGUUAGAACAAUUAUGA